CGGCCCGCGCGCGCAGCCAAUGGGCGCGGGACCCGCCCUCCCCGGAGCGCCCAGCUCGAAGCUCCGCCGGCGCCUCAACGCCCGCGGCGCCGCGUCCGCGGCCCAGCCAUGGCGUCCUCCGCGGCCGGCUGUGUGGUGAUCGUUGGCAGUGGAGUCAUCGGGCGAAGCUGGGCCAUGCUGUUUGCCGGGGGAGGCUUCCAGGUGAAACUCUAUGACAUUGAGCAACGGCAGAUACGGAACGCCCUGGAACACAUCAGAAAGGAGAUGAAGUUGCUGGAGCAGGCAGGUGCUCUGAAAGGCUCCCUGAGUGCUGAAGAGCAGCUGUCCCUCAUCAGUGGCUGCCCCAAUAUCCAAGAAGCAGUAGAGGGCGCCGUGCACAUUCAGGAGUGUGUUCCAGAAGACCUAGAACUGAAGAAGAAGAUUUUUGCUCAGUUAGAUUCCAUCGUUGAUGAUCGAGUGAUCUUAAGCAGUUCCACUUCUUGUCUCAUGCCUUCCAAGUUGUUUGCUGGCUUGGUCCAUGUAAAGCAAUGCAUCGUGGCUCAUCCUGUGAAUCCGCCGUACUACAUCCCGCUGGUUGAGCUGGUCCCCCAUCCGGAGACGGCCCCUACGACGAUGGACAGAACCCAUGCCCUGAUGAAGAAGAUUGGACAGUGCCCCAUGCGAGUCCAGAAGGAGGUGGCCGGCUUUGUUCUGAACCGCCUGCAGUAUGCAGUCAUCAGCGAGGCCUGGCGGCUGGUGGAGGAAGGAAUCGUGUCUCCGAGCGACCUGGACCUUGUCAUGUCAGAAGGGUUGGGCAUGCGGUAUGCGUUCAUCGGACCCCUGGAAACCAUGCAUCUCAAUGCAGAAGGUAUGUUAAGCUACUGCGACAGAUACAGCGAAGGCAUGAAACAUGUCCUAAAGACUUUUGGACCCAUUCCAGAGUUUUCCAGGGCCACCGCUAAGAAGGUUAACCAGGACAUGUGCAUGAAGGUCCCUGAUGACCCAGAGCACUUAGCUGCCAGGAGGCAGUGGAGGGACGAGUGCCUCAUGAGACUUGCCAAGUUGAAGAGUCAGGUGCAGCCCCAGUGAAUUUCUUGUAAUGCGGCCGCCACUCCGCUCAUUGGAGGCCUGUUUAGGAACCCGGAAGCUCUUCAUCAGCCCUCUGUGACACAGGUAGCAGCCCACGGAGAUUCUAAGCUGGCUGUCUUGUGUGCAGCCCGAGUGCGGUGGUGCAGGCCGGUGGUCUGCCCGUCACUUUGGGUCAUAGCCCUGGGCCUGGUGGCACAGCAGCACUUGUGUUCUCGGGGCUGUCGAUUUCCUGCCACCUGGGCAGAUAAUCUGGAGAUUUUCACUUUUUAUUUUCAGCCUAAUUACAUAUGACUAUAUUUUACAGCCAGUGAUUGUAGUUUCGUGGCAAAAUAUUUUUGUAAUUAUUUUCUAACCCCUUUCUGAGUACUCUGCGGCCCUGCCUUUAUGAGGCACCUGCCUUCAUUUUGCUAACGCUUAUUCUGAAUACAAGUUUUUGAUUCCUUAAAGAUGUCUUUUUUCUUCUUACUUUUUUUCUGAGAAACACAGCAUUUGAUCCUGAUGACUGGCGUAUUUUAGGGUGAUCAUGACGAAUAAGUCAUAAGCAGAUACCUUUUUCCACGCCCUUUGUCCAUCACUCAGCAGACAUCCAGCAAUGUGUGCUUUUCCCAGAGUAGCUUCCAGUGUCCGGAGGCUGUAUGAUCAGAUGAUGUUUUUGAAACACCACUGACUGCCCAGCCCUUAGACACCCCAUGUCUAUAGCAAAUUAAAGGCACCAAAGUUCUACACUAAAGUACCUGUUUGAUCCAACA